ACUGAAAGCUCAACACAAGACGGGUUGUUUGGUCAUGUACGAAGUUUGUUAUUGGACAAAGAAUCAAAUAUUAUCGUUGUUACAAUGCAAUAGUAUUUGGUCAUUUGUUUUUUAUGUUGUUACACAAUACGUAUUGAUAGCGUUACGUAGUUUAAGAUUGCGGUGUUUUUAAAUUAUCAGUAUUAGCAAAUGUACACGGCUAAUAUUUAGCUGGCCGACGCAAUGUAUGCUAGAUGAUGCCAUUUUGUUUUUAUCUCGACUUUGACCAACAUUUUGCGUUCACUUAUGAUUUAUAACAUCUGGAUUUUACUGUAGAUUGGAGAAUAUUCCUCGAGCUCUCUCUCCCUUCUGAAUCAAUGGAAGGGUCUGACAGUACAGAGCAAAGUGGCAGUGACCAGCCAGAGUCACAGCGCCGGAGGCAACUGGACCGUCUGGACAGGGAAGAGGCAUUCUACCAGUUUGUCAACAAUCUCAGUGAUGAGGACUAUCGCCUCAUGAGAGACAACAAUCUUUUGGGUACUCCAGGAGAGGUAACAGAAGAUGAGCUGUUUAAUAGACUUCAGCAAAUAAAAGAUGGUCCAGAACAACAGAAUAACACCCAGAGCACUGAAAACGGAGAAGAUGCAGUUGAACAACCAGAAGGCUCUGAGGAUUCUGCAGGUGGGGAUAGUCUCCUUGACUGGCUGAACACAGUAAGGCGCACUGGCAACACAACCAGAACUGGUCAUCGUGGGAAUCAAUCGUGGCGAGCUGUAAGCCAGACAAACCCAAACAGUGGUGAUUUUCGCUUUAGUUUGGAGAUCAGUGUGAACCGCAACCUAACUGAACAACAAGGUGCUGUAGAAGGGGAGCAGGAAACUCCAGAGGGUCAAGCAGUAGCUGUUAAUGCUGAACCACAAGUACCUUUGGAGACAGAAGUGGUCGAAGAACCAGUGGUGGAGGAGUUGGCUGUCAUAGUGGAACCAGAGCCGGAACCAGAGCCGGAACCAGAAGAAGUUGCUCCACAAGAGAUACUUGGAGAGCCUCCCAGCCCACCAGCUGGCUUUGUGGUGCAACCACCACUUUCUCCUCCACGAAGAGGACAAAGAAGAGCCCGCAGCCGCAGUCCAGAAUCUCGCAGAACUAGGCCCCGUACAGCUCGGAGCCGUUCCCCUCUCAACCUUGAGGUGCUAGAUGGUCUUCCUAAUCCCCGUACUGGCCCUAGUUCUCAAGGCUCCAACUCUGUUACCAACAAUUCCCCUGUGCCUCAAGUGGAGGGCAGCUCCCGGACUCGACAACAUGUCCUCUCUAGGCAAAACACAGCUGACAGUGAUGUGCAACCAUCUAGGGCUACAGCAGAAUCAGUCCCAGAGCCCCACAAUAGCCGAUCUCAGGAUGGAGAAGCUGCUGGAGGGGAAGGGGGUGCAGCUGGCCGGCGUCCCCCUACGAUCAUGCUUGAUCUCCAGGUGCGGCGUGUGCGUCCAGGCGAGUAUCGCCAAAGAGACAGCAUCGCGAGUCGUACUCGUUCACGCUCACAGAACUCAAACAACACAUUUCUUUAUGAGAGUGAACGUGGUGGCUUUCGUAGGACUUUCUCACGCUCUGAGCGUGCUGGGGUGAGGACCUAUGUUAGCACUAUUCGUAUACCUAUCAGGAGAAUUUCCGAUGCAGGUUUAGGAGAGGCUACAUCAAUGGCCCUCCAGUCUAUGAUUCGACAAAUUAUGACAGGCUUUGGUGAAUUAGGCUACCUCAUGGAUUCAGACUCUGAUUCAUCAGAUUCAAACCGUGGAGCCAACACACCUGCAGAUCUGGCUGAAGUCCUCAACAACCCAGAUACUUCUACUGCUGGUGCUCCCGCAGCUGAUAUUGAUGAACCAUCUAUGGCUGCUGGAGUCAGAGCAAGGACACUUGACGCUGAGAUGGAUGAAAGCCUCGCUGCUGCUCCGCCUGCCUCUGGUGGCAGGGCUCGACCUAGACCACCCAUUAGUCUAGAGGAGCCCAGCUCUCUUCCUUUCCUCCGCCUCGCCCACUUCUUCCUUUUAAAUGAUGAUGAUGAGGACCAGCCCCAAGGGCUGACCAAAGAGCAGAUUGACAACCUUUCUAUGCGCAACUUCGGUGAGAGUGAUGCAUUGAAGACUUGCAGUGUCUGCAUAACAGAAUAUGCAGAAGGUAACAAGCUACGUAAGCUGCCCUGCUCACAUGAGUACCAUGUUCACUGCAUUGAUCGCUGGCUCUCUGAAAACUCCACUUGCCCCAUAUGUCGCAGGGCUGUCCUGGUAUCUGCCAAUCGAGAAAGUGUGGUGUAGCCGAUGACAGACAGCAGAGCUAUUUGUCUCAUCUUGUACAAUGUAAUAUCCCAAAUCCUUAAAGUUUUGAGAAAAUGUCUUCACUGUUGAAAUGAAUUUCCAUCAUACCAUAAGUGGUUUUAGCAUAAUCCCAUCACAGUUUUGAUUUGGGGUGCUACAUACAAUGGCAAAGGCCAUUCAGUCUCUGAGACAUUUCUGCAGCCCAAAGUUAGACAUAAGCAAUGCAUGCAGUUGGACUCGACCUGUAGUGACACAGCAGUUUUUUUGUAAUGCAUAAAGUCAUGUGCACAAGCAAACCUGCAUUUCAUAGAGAAUCCCACAGCUAAAGAUGUUGCACAGCUGCAGCUGGUUUAGGCACUUCAAAUCUGCUCUUUUGUAUUAACUCCUCAAUGGCGCCUUAUAUACAAUAAGGUGGGUAUUGGUACAGUUUUUGAUUACACCAAUUAAAAGUAUUAGCUGUAAAUAAGCUUGUAAAAUAAUUUGGGUCAUAAUUUGUAUCGGUGAAUUGGUUUUGGAUUAGUAUCACAUAUGAAGAUAUGGAUUGUAUUUACCUCAAUUAUUAUGUCAGAGCAUCCUUAAAUUAGGUGUUACCCAUCAGAUUCAUUUAUAGAUUGUAUUGUCUAAAGGAUAUGUAAGACUUAUUUUGUCCUCCUAUUUUACACUGUAUCUCGUACUCUCCCCUCUUUGUUCAGUUAAAAGUAACGACUAUAUAACAAUUUGAAACUGAUGUAAGUGCUGACUUUUUGUGGAGGCAUAAGAAAAGAUGAAUGCAACGAGGUUAAUUUUGUAAGAUGAAAGUUCAUUUUGAAAUCCUAUAUUUAUUAUUUGUUUGAUUAUUAAAAAGGAUUGCAUAAUAAACAUACCAGAAAUUAGAGAUGUCUGAGAAUUGGUAGUAGAUAUUGGGUUGAAAUCAAGAUGUUGGUGUGUGGAGUUUCCCUCCUCGAAAGUACUAUACUAACAGUAGUCAGUUUCGGACUGUAAAGAUGAUCGCUUCUGCUUUUUCCACCGACAUAAAAGGAUAAUUACUUUUUAGCAUGUGAAGAAUAUUAAUUCUUCAUGGCCAUCGAUUAACAACCAUUCUAAUUUUGUAAUGUAAUGUACUUUAACUGUCGACUGACGAAUUAAGUUCUCUAAACUGGUAUGGUAUUCAGUGAACUCCUCAGAAAUUUUCCUAAAACUAACUGCAGCAUUCUGCUUAAAUCAGGUCAUAAUUUCCUCCUUAAUGUACACAGUUUUAAUUACUAAACUAAAUGUCUGCUCAUUGACUCUGUCUGGACAAAAAAAGAAAAAAAAACAUCAUAAUUUUGUCCAGAAAGUGAGACUGCUGUUAAAGUCAGGAUGUUCAUCCACUGUGCCCUCCUCCUGCCUCAUGAGCAGAUGCUCCAUAUCAGUGUGCAAUACAUGCAAAAGUGAAAGUAGGGAAAUUUAAACCAUGUAAUAAAUGUGCUAUUGUUAAAAAUGUUGUUAAUGGCUAAAAUCUUUAAUGAAGACAUUAUGUUUUUAAAAUGUGUUGAGGUUAAUAUUAUUUUAAGUUCUAUAGGUUUUAAGAGCACUCUUCAUGAACAAGAACAAUGGCAGAAGGAAGAAAUGGGCAUCGCUGUUGUGCCAUCUUGUCAUGUUUCUUGUUGCACAGUUUUAUGUCUUCACCACAUUGAUUACUUCCCUUUGUGGGACAUCCAAGUCUGAAUGCAAGACAUUAUUGUCAUUGUUGAAUACCAUGAACUUGUAAAUUAAAUAUAUGUUCUCUGAUAGGCCAUGCUUUCAUAGUCCUGGCCUUGUUCUGUGACCCACCCGGUGCAGUAUGUUAACUGGGUGUCAAAUUAAACUAACUGCUCAAUUAAACAAGUUGUUAUGCUACAC